AGCGAAUUGCUCGCCUCGUGAUAAGGGUUACGACGCGUAGAGAAUGCAAUGAAACACCGAGGAAAAUAUUCAAAGUUGCUAAAAUGACUGGAAUACAAUUGUCGUUAAGAGUUCAUAAAUGAAAGAGCGCGAGGAACGAUAGAAUUUCUGAAAAUAUCAUUUCAUUUAAUUUAAACAUCAAAGUGAACGCGUAUAUCAAUUAACAUAUGUGUUGUCAGAACGUGUGAACGGUGAAAUGAAUUUUCUUUUAAAUCUACACACUUGACAGCUGUAAUUGGAUUCUAUAAAUACAACCGGCGACAUUUUAAAGUUUGCCCAACGGAAGUGUGAAACCUGUGACAUUUAAUCGUAUCGUAAAUUUCCGGAACGCAGCUGCGAGUUCACUGGACCGUGAUGAUUCGUUUCGAAGGUUUCUUAGAUUGCGAGGAGGUUUAAAUUGGAGAAAAUUUCUUGUCGCCGGUGAAUUUGCAUUCGGAACGUGUAAGCAGUCUCGCGUGCUUCCUGCUAACGAGUUUCCGCGCUGAAGUUGCACCCACCGCGACGACGGAGAUCCGCGAUUCGAGCAGAAGUAAUAACCAACAACGUGACCGGUCAACCUACCCGUCAUUUUGACAGCAAUUCCAUUUGCUCGUGAAAGAUUUCGUUCGCGUACACGAGCGUAAAUGUGUCGGAUAAAACGGGGUGAAAUAAUGAGCGAACAUUUGGCGAAUCGCGAACCGUACGGAUAAGAAGAGACGGUGGGUCCCGUGCACGAUCUAUUCGAUGGACUCGUUCACGUUUCCACGAAAGAGUUUCGUUAACCUCGCCAAGUAGCCACGAACCAUGAGCUGCACCGUGAAACCGUUGAAGAAAUACACGGAAAUCAGUUACCGGGUGAAAUGCGUGGCCGUGGAAAACGAGCGCGUGUUCGGCGACGUGUACGUCACGCACCAGACGAGGAAUCUUUUGUACUGUGCCGAAGGAUAUCAGUUCCCUUCGUUGUACGAGAGAAGGAAAUGCAACUUGUUCCAGAGGAGCUGGCAAGGCCCGGAUUUGUUGGAGCUGAACCGGAAGAGACCGACGAGAAGGGCCAGCGCGAUGCCGGUCAAGGUGGAGAAGAAAUGCUUGAAAAGAUCGAAGUCGAUGAACGAUGCGAGGAAUUUGAAUGAAACUGACUGUAAGAACAAUGGUAACGAUGCGAAAAGCGAGACUGUGAUCAGGGAACCAAAGACGUAUCCAACGCCAUUGCCGAAUCUACCUGUAAAAAAGGAACGUACCGUCUCGUUGUUAGUGGAUCAGCUGUUGUUGGAUAUCUACGGAUUGCCAGACGGUGAUAGAAGACGAUCGGAAAGCGACUCGACAGCUUCAUCCCUGAGGAUACAUCCGCAACACCAGCAUCUGCAAAAGGCGCGUCUGCUGUGGAAAAGCAACCACGAACUUCAAGUAUUGGUAUUGAAUUUACGGGACCAUAUCAAUCAUACCGGUGGAAUGCUUAUUCGACAGCUGCGACGAAAGGAUUAUCUCAUUAUCAAACGUGAAAAACAGUGCGCCAUAAUUACGGCUCAUCUUCAAGCUCUUAGCCGAAAACGUAUCGAAGACACGAAGAUGAGAUUUAGUCUGACCCCGCAACCGGGAGAAAGCGGUUUCAUACAAUGGCUGGACGCGAUGAAGAUGGUCGCCAGGUUGCAGGGAGGAAUUCCGCCGGAAUUUCGAAGGAAGUUAUGGCUGACGCUGGCAGAACGUCAUCUGGAACAGCGUGGCGUAGAUUGGAAGCAGGCUGAAAAGAUCUGCUUCAACGAGUGGAGCAAUCCUGACGAUGAAGAGCUCGGUAUACAAAUCGUUAAAGACUUACACAGGACCGGGUGCAGUUUAUUUUGCGGCGCGGCUGGCAGAGACAAUCAGGCGGUGCUUCGUCGAGUUUUGCUCGGUUUCGCGCGAUGGAACAAGUCCGUCGGCUAUUGCCAAGGCCUGAACGUGUUGGCCGCUCUGGUUCUGCAAGUUAUGGAUCGGGCCGAGUCCGCCGCUGUGAAGGUGAUGAUCUACUUGAUAGAGGGUGUCCUGCCAGAGGGUUAUUUCGCGGACAAUCUGCGUGGCCUGUCCGUGGACAUGGCGGUGUUUCGAGAUCUCCUCAGGGCGAGGCUGCCCAGGCUCUCGAAACACCUGGAGGCACUGCAGAACGACGCGAAGGACAAGGCGACAGGCAGCAGCUAUGAGCCACCUCUGACGAAUGUGUUCACGAUGCAAUGGUUCCUUACUCUCUUCUGUCAUUGCUUGCCCCAGGAAGCGGUCCUCCGGGUCUGGGAUCUGAUAUUCCUCGAGGGUGACGAAAUAUUACUGAGAACAGCGCUGACUAUCUGGGAAGGACUUUCGGAUCGUAUCAUGACCGUGACAUCAGCCGAUGAAUUUUAUAGUAUAAUGGGAGUUCUCACGAGGGAGAUGCUCGAGUUCACGGACACGAAUAAUCUCAUAAAGAAUAUUGUUAGUAUGGGACCUUUGCACGGUGUAACGGGACUUAGAGAGAAACAUAGGUACAAUAUCACCCCAUGGGCGAGGAAGCUUAGCGACGAUGAAGAUAGCGACACCGAAGAGGACGAAAGGUUGGCUGUCGCUGCUGCGAUGUUUAGCAUGGCGCAACGAUUGAAGAAAGUGGAUCGUAUACCGCAAACGAUUGGAGCGCUGCAGGCAUUGGCACCCAGCAGUGAUCGAGAACGUCUCGCUUUGGAUAUUAGCACUUUGAAACAGCAGUAUGCCAAGUUGCGAGAACGCCAACGACAGGCGCACAUUAUACUUUCCGCUGCAUGUGCAAGGCAGACCAUGGUACCACCUCCUACUUCUCAGGCCAUGAAUCAUCUUUUAGUGGGCAAAAGUGCACUCGUGAGUGGGAAGAAUCGACCCUUGAGUCUACCUUCUGGUACUGCAUCGACCAAGACGAAACCUACGACUCUAAGUCAGAAUCGAAGGGACAGACAAGGCGUCACUCUUCAUUGGAAAGACACGAAGAAGCCAAAACAGAGGGCUUCAAAUUCCUCAGAUGUAGCAGAAAGUCACGCUGCAACCUUUCAAACCGCGGAAAUUGAGCUGGCAUCUCCGAAACGAAGCACCGCUGACAGUGACAGCGACAGCACGUCCACAGAAUUAUGCGACGAACCGGACCGUCUCAGUGACGUCGACAGCGAAGAUCUAACGUCAGCUUCCGAAUCGUACGUUAUAGCAACAGACGAAGAUAAAAGUAGUCGAGUGGAUGGUUCACCGAUUCGCGAAACGGUGUCGUUGGAUACCGAAGAAAAAAGUAAGUCGGUCGAAGGUUCAAAGGACUUCGAUACUUCGGAAGAGAAUAAUUUAAGCGACAUGUCGAUCGCCAAAAUCACCGAUCAGAUCAGACGAUUGUCGGCGGAGGAUGACAAUAAUUCAAUGGUUCCUCAAAAGUUCAGCGCGCAGAGCAAAGCGUCGCCGGACGAUUCAUCGACAAAAACAGUGGAAACGGAAAAAUCGAUACCCAAUCUAUCGGUGGACUAUAAUUCGGAUAGCAGUACUGUUAGAAAAUCGUUGGCUUUGAAUGAGUAUGAUUACUUAAAUAUCGGUAGCAGCACGAUUGCCACGAAAGAGGAUGAAGUGUUGGUUCACGAGAGACCUCGAGCUAAAGAGUCCACGAGAGAAAUCGUGGAUCUUCCUCGAGAUGAACUCCCCACGAUCAAGAAGGACCCGAUCGAAGAGAAAUCACCUACACUCGUUCGUCAAGACAGUUCAAGCGCGUUCUCCAGUUACGCGACAUCGUUAGAUACGAAAUACGAUAAAAUCGUCGACAAACCCAGCAACGAUUUACAGACGGAAGGUGAGGAUCGUUUCAAAACAUCUUUCGAUUUUUCUAGCAGAGUUCCUUUAGACAUAAAACCGUACGAAGGUUCAAAAAUGGGUAGUUUAAUUGGUGACUCAUCGAACACCGUGAACAUCGAAAGACCACUUUAUUGUAAGACGUACGUGGGUCACCUUCCAAUUGCUCCAGGGACGGUGGAUCAGAAAUUAAGCAAAAUAUCACCGACUAUACAUGGAACGAGUGGAGUCACCGUCUUGACUGCUGAAGCUCCAACAAAUUCAGCGAUAACAACGGAGAAGUCUUUUGACAGACUGCAGACGAAAGUGUAUUCAGACUUGUUGAAGAGUCCUAAGACGCCUGAAAGUAAUAAAUCGUACAGUUCAGGCGAAACCAUGGGACCAGACUCGAAACCUUCCAGCUUAACAGUGAGCCCAAGGUCCCCGGUUAGAUCAGACUCUCGGGAUUUCUCGAUGGACAAAUCGAUGUGUUCGUCGGUUAGUUCCGAUUCGAAGACAUUGGUACUUCGUUCCAUCGACUCGGAUGUUACGAGAGACAGCACGAAGACGGACACGAAGAAAGGUUACGAGAUGUCGGGUUCGACGACUCCCAUCAGCACGGACUCGUUGAGGAACAAGUCGGAGAGCAGUCCAAAGUUGAUGGUAAGCAGUUCCAGCGAUUCGUGCAGCCCCGGUAAAAUAAAGUCUUCCGAGAGGUCGUUCAGUUCGGACCUUCAAUCGCCAAUAAGUGCCAACUCCAUAAAAUAUACCUCGAAUUUCAAUAGACGGGGCCAGGACGACGUGUCGGGCUCGUCGAUGGAACUCAGCAGCGCCACAUCGCCCUUCUACCCGAUCUCGAAUCCUAACCAGAAGACUCCGACGUCUCCGUACAGCGGAUCGAGACGAAGAUCCAGUUUGGACAGCACAGAAACCUCGCCCGAACAGAAAUCGAGUAGUUCGAAAGAAUCGAACAAGUUUCUGAGUUAUCAGCCCAAGUACGAGUCCUUGAAGUCAGCUGAUAUCAAAGAUACCGAUACCGCUUCUCGAAAAGGCGACAGUUUCGUUAGAUCAGAGUUUAACUUGAAGAAAGAUCCCACCACGAACUUGAUCGAUAGAAGGAACGGUGCUGAGGAUAUCAAUUUCUAUCAAUCAAGCAGUAGUGAUUAUUUCCGUAAAGAUAAGGACUUCCUUGACGACGGAGGAGACGAUCCUCUGUCCGAGAAGGAUGUGGUACCAUCUUUACCUCAGGAGAAACUUGACAAACGUUACUUGAACUAUCGUUACAGAGAUAGAUCGAAGUUGUUGGAGAGGAGUUCCAGCAGUCUGGAUAGCAGAAGGUACGCUGACAUGAAAUCAUCCGCGUCCUCGGAUGAAUUUACCACUUCGAUGGUUAAGAAGAGAUCCAGCGACAUUCUGGAGGACAUCAAACACUUGGAAGCGAAAGCAAAUGAAGGAUCAUCGGACAGCGCAAUGCUGACGAAGAAGAGUAGUUAUAUCUGGGAGGACCUGAAGAGCUUAGAAGCUAGGAGACAGGAUACCUUCAGCAAUUCAGCUAGUAGCUUCUCUAAACAACGUCUAGAGAUACCUGAUAUUAACGUAACUGGAGAGGGGAGGAAGUCGUACGUCAUUCACCCUAAAAUCAAUAUCGAUGAAAACAGUGACAGUAUACUGAAGACUGUGGCGUGUAGUCAAGACAAUUGUGAUUCUGAUGACGGUAGGGAGUUGAAGUUAGGGGUGUGGACCAAGGUGAAACCUCGGAAGAAGAGCGACAAUGGAAGACGGAACAGCGAUCGAGCCUUGAAGAUCAUCCAAGAGAACUCAGCGAUACUUCAGAAGAUUCUUGCCUGUCAGGCGAAGAAACGGUUGCCGGAUCUUGAAGAAAUCUCUAAAGAGAUCACUAUAAGUCCUAUCAACGAGGAGAUCUCGAAGAUCUUCAGUCCGAUAUUAGAGAAAAUGGGGCUGAACGAACACGAGAUCAACGAGGAGUUGGCGAGGAUCAAUUUCAAGGAUUUCGACAACAUGACCGCGACCAGCGUGUCCGAGUUCGACGCGAAAAUUAACGAAGAACUGUCAAAACUUUCUCUGAUCGAUGAAACCGAACAGAUGGAUCAUUUCGACGUGGACGAGGUGAUAUCCCACGACUACUUGAACACCAGAGAGGCCCUGAUAGAUCGCAAGAUAAACGAGGAACUGUCGAAACUGUUGGCAAAUUACGAGCAGCAUUCUCCAGCCAGUAUAGUUACCCUGGACAAGGGACCGUCCAGUCAGAACGUUAGCGAAAUCGACGCCCUCGAAUUGUCCAGCAUCUCCACGAACGUAUUCUCUUAUAAAUCAUCCAACGAUUCCAUCGAAACCAGAAGCGACUUGGGAUCAGCGCAAGAGCCAUCCAUUCCGGUUGACAAGUUUCCCAAGUACGCCGAGAACGUGUUACCGUACCAAGUAUCCAAGUACCGAGUCGACGAUUCGUCCCCGAAAAGCGACAUAGAUAUCUACAGAGAACUAGAGAAACUCGACAAAAUCUCUUCGGCACAAGUGUUACCCGAUCCGACCCUGGAGCUUCCUCAGAAAGAAUUUUCCUCUAUUCCAUACGUACCUGACACGUCACCCUUCAAGGACGUAUCACCGUUGAGGUACACCUCUAAACCAAUCCCAUACGAUACUUCACCUCUGAAGACCUCCUAUGAUCCCUAUAAAGCUUUCGAUUUUAAACCUAAACUAUCUCCCAAGCAUACACCUACUAAUCCUUUCGCGACAACUGUUUACGAUAAACCCAUCAUGGAUCCCACGUACGAGUAUAUUAAUCAUAAACCAGAAAUCUCGAUCAACACUUACGACCUGCAUCUCAAGAGUCCAAUGAUGACAAAAGAGUCACUGGAGUUUCGAGUGAGAUACGAAGAGCAACCAGUCAGAGAAGUCAGCACCGAUUACAUGUCACUUUCGACUGAUAGAACUAUAAUUAGCUCGAACAAGUCAUCUCCUUAUUACAGCAACGGUAACAGCGAACAAUUGACACCUACGAAGUACAUUACCAAGGAGGACAGGUGUUUGGAGAGCGGGACUACCUUCUUAGAUUAUCCUUGUGAAUCUUCAGAGAUUCUUCGUCGUAAAUACGAUCCACUGUCCCCGAAGGAAUAUUCCCAUGGGAAGGGCACGGAGUAUGAUAGACACUUGACCACAUUGCCCUCCAUCGAUACAGAAGCAGAAGUGGGAUCGUAUUUGACGACCAGACACCGGGACUAUCAUCCUUUGUCCCCGAAUCGACAGUUCGCUGAUCAACACUUUCCUUCCUCCAUCAAUCAUUACGGCUCGAAACUCUCGCCGGGUUUGAUCGACGAAUCGAAACGUCCCGUCUCUCAUCCGGAGUUUCCGGGUAAGAUAAGCGUUGGGAAAUACGGAGAGUUGCCCGAUAGGAGUGGAUCGAACAAUUACAAGAAAUCUUCUCUGAGCCUGGGUAACAUAGGACAUUCGAGUAAAAACGUGGAGGAUAAUUACGAUACUGUGAUCAGCCCGAGAACCCAGUUCAGUCCAUUUCCUGUGAGAAAUCCUACUAGGAAGCCGAAGGAACUCGCUUUGAAACUGGGUCUCUAUUCACCGAAGGGCACAGACAUGGGACAGUUGAAGAGGUCAUAGUGUAAGAAGGUAACGCUUCCGUUUCUUUCGUUUCCGUAUCGACAUAUUGAUAGAAACGAAAGGAUUAUCUGUACACUCGUGCAAGGAAUUAGUGUGCUGGAUGUAAGAUAAGUGGGCCUAAAUCGUUGUUUCUCGUUUCUGGAGUCUGAUGUUGCCAAUCGUCGAAGCUAAUGUUACACGGAUCGUACGGUGUUAUAAGUUAGCGUGUAAGUGUCGGUUAUGAACUAAACGAAAGAACGUAUAUCGUUCGUCUAGUUUAAGGCAACGUUAUAUCCUGACGAACGUUGCUAAACAAUUUUCACAAUUUAUCUUCCUCUCUCCUAAUCGUUAGCCAAUUAAGCUACGUUUAUCUCCGAGUCUUAAUAGUCUACGAACGUUGACUAAUUACCAGAAUAUUUUUCCUCUUCAUUUUUUACGAAUUCUGCUCGACGAGAACGCGGCCCCUCGUGAGCGGUACGAGAGAAAAAGCUUGCGGAACAGCGUGGAAAUCCUCGACAAAACGAUUUCUAACGCGAUGCCUUCAAUCUCCCUCCAAUCACGCAGGAAAUCUGGUUAUCGCGGCUCGAUCGUUCGGUAAAUUGCUGUAAGUAGCUCGGAAAGCGCACGAAGCUUCGUGAAAAAGAUACGUUGAAACGAAAUGCCUUCCAUUCCCUCAAACUCGGUUCCCGCUUUAACGCGGGAGAUGAUCUCGCGUGCGAUCACGAAUCGCUGCGCUGGAUCGAUCGCAGGAACCGUGCUAACGCGAAAUUUCCUUCGAACAGAUACGUUAUAUAGCCCCCGGUAAGAUUGUAUAAAAUUAUUGAACCUGUUACCACGAUAGAGCUUAAUUUGUCCGUACGUUUGCGCAAACCUACUCGUGCACAGGUGGAAGAACAAACUGUCAAGGCUGUAGACACGAAAGGGGCAGGUGUGGUUGAAACAAAUUGUACAUAACUACAUAGUCGUUAAUUGUAUAUUAUUAAAAUGAGAACAGAGAGAAAUGGCGAGGAUUGGAGCUUCGAAGUUGCUCGAGUCGAUCUUUUUAUAUAAAAUAAAGGUAGUAUUUUUAGAUGUUUCUAAAUAUGAGAUAAUCCUCGUAUUGUCGCCGCCACUGAACGUACGAGCUUAGCCACGCUAUGCUUAUACCUUGAAUAUGUGAAUCAUUCUUCUUUGGUAGAUUUUUCAUUUCUGGUCAUUGAAAAUUUAUACAUUGUUCAGUCAACGUAUCAUCUUUAUUUUAAAUUAAGAAA